AUGGGGAAGUUUUACGGCCUCAAAGGCACGCAGCUCAAUGUGGCUAUUGCGGUGAUCGCAGGAACGGACUUUGCGCUCUUUGGUUAUGAUCAAGGUGUCAUGGGCGGUUUGCUCACACUGAAGUCGUUCGUCAAGUAUUUCCCGGAAAUCGACAGCGUCAACCCGCCUCCAGGAAGUUCGACAAGCCAUGCCGCAACGAUCCAAGCCAUCACUGUCGGCGCAUACACGCUCGGCUGCUUCUUCGGUGCCGUAGCUACCAUCUGGCUCGGUAACAUGCUCGGACGUAAAAAGACAAUCUUCAUUGGUUCUGCUAUCAUGGUCGUAGGAGCCAUUCUUCAAACUGCGUCAUUCGGUCUUGCUCAACUCAUCGUCGGACGUUGGAUCACCGGCCUCGGCAACGGCAUGAACACAAGUACGGUCCCAACAUGGCAGUCUGAAACGUCAAAACCGCAUCGUAGAGGUCAGAUGGUCAUGAUUGAGGGUUCCAUGAUUGUGUUUGGCGUCAUGCUGAGUUACUGGCUCGAUCUUGGUUUCUCCUUCCUCGAACCCAGUAGUAUCGCCUGGCGCUUCCCCAUCGCCUUUCAGAUUAUUCUCGCACUCUUCAUUCUGGCUUUGAUUCCGGGGCUACCUGAGAGUCCGCGUUGGUUGGUUUUGAAGGGUCGUGAGGACGAGGCUUUGGAGGUCUUGGCUGCGCUCAGCAACCUGCCUCCUACCGAUAAGAAGAUCCAAGCCGAGCUCCAGGCUGUCAAGGAUGUUACUCUAGAAAUGGCUCGUGGUGGAUUCAGGGACUGCUUCAAGAUGAACAAGAACCGCAACUUUCACCGCACGGUGUUGGCUUACGUCAACCAAAUGUUCCAGCAGAUUUCCGGUAUCAACCUCGUAACCUACUACGCAGCCACCAUUUUCGAAAACUCCAUCGGUCUCUCGCCCUUCCUCAGCCGUCUCUUAUCCGCUUGCAACGGCACCGAAUACUGGAUCGCCAGCUGGAUCGCCAUCUUCACAAUUGAAAAGUUUGGACGUCGAUCCUUGAUGAUAUUCGGUGCUGCGGGAAUGUCAAUGUCCAUGGCCGUCUUAGCCGGCGCUACCAGCAACAUUGGUAACAAGAGCUUGGGACUCCUGGCCACUGUCUUCCUAUUCGUAUUCAACUCCUUCUUCGCCGUCGGCUGGCUAGGCAUGACAUGGCUGUACCCCGCUGAAAUCACGCCCCUCUCUAUCCGUGCCCCUGCAAAUGCAAUCUCUACUACAGCCAACUGGAUCUUCAACUUCCUCGUCGUAAUGAUCACACCCCCCGCCUUCGCAAACAUCGGCUACAAAACCUACAUCAUUUUCGCCGUCAUAAACGCCGCAAUGGUUCCCUCCGUCUACUUCUUCUUCCCAGAAACCGCGUACCGCUCGCUCGAGGAAAUGGAUGAGAUCUUCCACAAGACUACGGGCGCCUUCGAUGUUGUGAGCGUGGCAAACAAUAUGCCGCAUAGGUACGAUAAGCGUGGCGAGUUGCUCAUCGAUUAUGCGGAUACGGAGCAGGCUAUGGACGCGGAGAGGAGGAGAAGCUCGGUUGUUGCUGCGGGACAGAAUGGUGUGUUUGAGAAGGAGGAGGGCAAGGAGAUUAGGGAACAUGUUGGGAAGUAA